UAUUUCUAGUAGAAAAUUGGCAGAGUUCCGGCAAGAAUUAAAACUCUUAAAAUACUUCUUCGUUUUGUUUCAUCUAUACAUCCUUAACGAAAUGCGCGUUAACUUCAAACGAAGUGUAUUUCAAGAAAGUACCUACAUUGAUGCUAACGUUGUGUUGGAACCCCUUCUACGCAAUUGUUACUUUUAUUAUUAUUCUUGCUAAAGUCUUAAUUUAGUGGAACUUUAGUAAAGCGUCGAUCAGUAUAGAAUAGAAUAGAAAAGAAUAGAAAAUGGAAUAGAAAAGCAAGAUAGGUCGAUAAUAUGUGCUUUUUCUUGUCAUUUAUAGAUUAUCCGGUAUUUCACCUAUUGAAAGAAAUCAAUCAAUGCGAAUGCCAUCUGUCGAAAUUCAAGUAUGAUGUGAAUAAAAGAUAAGAAAUGCCAUUUAAAUAUUUAGACUAUGAUUUCAUAGUAUGAAGCGCAGACGGCCCAUAUCGGUCAGCUAACUGCUACAAAUUAAUAAGAUAGAGAAGAUUUCUGCAUUACCGUUUUGCACUCUCAUUGAGGCUUGCAUGUACCACAUAAGCAAAAAGCUCAAUUUUGGCUCAAUGUUGGCUGCUUCGCCAAUCCACGUCAGAAAUAGAGCAUGCCAAAAUAACAUUGAACAGUUCAAAACUGCUGUAUUUUUCAAGAUGGAGUUCGCAAAAUUGUCAAAUUUUCCCUUUCAAUUUAAUAGGCUGAAAUACUUAUACUCAGCAAUUUUUAUCGAGAAACAUUUAUGAAUUGGAAUUUUUUCUCAUAAGUAGAACAAUGCGUUAUUAGGAAGUGGUCGCAAAAAUCGCCAAAUCCCAUCCAUUUCUAAUGGUGUUUGUCCUUUAGCGAAAACAUGUCACUACGCAAGAUUUUAUCGAAAUUUACCAAACAUUGCGAUUACUAGAUUGAGUCAUGGGCAGACAUCUAAUAUACGGGCAAAAACACGAACAAAUGGAGAGCUUAAAUCUUCUGCCCUUCUAGGCAAAAAGUUAAUAUACAUCCUACAUCAGAAGCGGUGUGUAGACUCAAAAUUCGAGGAACAUGUGUGCACUCUACAAAAGUAGUUAUCAAGAGUAUUACUCUCCCUUAAUUCAACAAAUUCAACUAUGGCGGUCUAUUGCUGACAUUCCAAAGAACCCAAAAGUACAGAUAAAGAAACAGAUAAGUUCUUACUGGUUUGUAGCUGGAUUUUGAUAUGUAAUAUGUAAGUAUAGGAAACAUGGUGAAAACUUCAAAACAUCAUAUUAGAUGAAAAUAGCUUCGAUUAAUUCACUAUAGCGUCUUCUAAAUAUGCAGAUAUAUAUUUCAUUUUCUUUAUUCGCUCCUAACCCACGUUUCUCAAGUUUCAACCUCAAUUUUACGGACUUUAAGAAUGACGAUAUAAUUUUUGAAUAUAUAUGAAAGACUUAGCACUUUUCCUUCUUUAAUGCUUAUAACAUAAGAUUUUUAACAAUAAAUUGUCAGAAUUCUUCUAAGCUGGGAAUACUAUAAUCUAUACCUCUCUGCCUUCCCCUCUCUCUUCGGCGAGGCUAAAUAGAGUGUCACUAUUCUAGGAUUUCUUAAUUAGUAUCCAAAAUUUUUUAUUUUUACUUAUGAAAAAAGGUUAACAAUAUUAGAACAACAAUAACAAAGACCAGAAAGAUUUGUAAAUACGUCUCUCCGAUAUUGAAAAAUAUAUAUUGCUUUUUCAAACAAUUAAGUGUACAAAGAAAUUGUUGAAUUUACUUUUGUAAGUGAACAGCUGCAAAUUUUACCAAUAUUUUUUGCGCUAAUCCUCGCAGGUUAUGAGGUCAUAAAAUUUACAAUUUAAAGGAAAUUCAGUUUUUGAAUUCAGGGUUUUACCGAAAUUGCGUUAGAUAAACAAAUUUAUGAGUAUUUAUAUAUGCAUGUACAUAUAACAUAUUAGGCUGAAAGGCUUUAUAUAUCCUGGGACGGCAAAGAAACGAAGUCACUUUAUCAUUGUUAAGCGAACAGUAACAUUAAACACAUCAAUAGUGAAAGAAAAAAUUAAUUAAAACAUCAAAAAUGACUCUUGAUACUACGUUUGCCAAUAUGUCUCAACCACGUAUACUAUCGACAUUUCGCGUGAGCACAAAGUAUUUCACGCCUGAGGAUCUUGAACUCUACGUCGAAAGUAAUGAAAUCUUGCAACGCUUAGAACGUAAAAAACAAGAACGAAAGGAGAUAAAACGUGCUGCUAAAGCUAUUUAUAACAAUUCGAUAAGACACUACAAUACUCUAGCGCACAUUAAUGGAUUAGCAGAAAGUUCUUUUGCACUGUCAAUUAAUGAAUCCAUAGAUGAGCCUCUAUUGAUAAUGGAAAAUAGAAAAGUACCUUCGACACCUGAUAAAGCCGAAUUUGAUGAAAGCUAUUUUUCUUGGCCAAGCAGCAGACAAAGUACACCACGUCAUAUGCCUAAGUGCGAUUUUAGCAAGCAACAUCCGAAACUCUGCACUCCUUUGUCACAAAGUUUCGUAAACUUAACCUUGAACUCAUCGGAAUCCGGAGUCUUUGCUAAUGACAAUGCACGGUGUAAGACUUUACCUAUGCGCCAAAAAGGAGAACCAAUUAAAAAAUCACCAUCGGUUGCUUUAUCUUCACCUCUUAAACGCUGGUUACCCAGAACGAAAAAUUCUGUUAAAUUGCUUUCAUGUAGAGUUAUAGAUGAAUACGAAAACUUAAAAAUCUACGAAGAGGAAAAACAACGUAAUAACAACUCCAAUGUUUUUAAUGAACCAGCAAAAAAAAUUAAUUUGAAAAAAUUCGCAACUUUAAUUAGGACGAAGUCGAAAAAAAACUGCGUCUACGCUAUCCAGAAAAAAAGUGUCGUGGAUAAUUCCUUUAACUACUUGAGUUUAUAAUAUCGCAAUGCGAUCGACAAUAAAUUCGAAGUUCCUUAAUCUACCUCCAAUAUGUAAAAUGUAAAAAUGCU